AUGGACCCAAAUCCGCGGGCAGCCUUGGAGCGCCAGCAGCUCCGGCUUCGGGAGCGGCAGAAAUUCUUCGAGGACAUUUUACAGCCUGAGACGGAGUUUGUCUUCCCCCUGUCCCACCUGCAUCUUGAGUCGCACAGACCCCCCAUAGGUAGUAUCUCAUCCAUGGAGGUGAAUGUGGACACACUUGAACAAGUGGAGCUUAUCGACUUGGGGGAUCAAGAUGGAGCAGACGUGUUCUUGCCUUGCGAAGACCCUCCACCAACCCCGCAGACGUCUGGGGCAGAUGACUGUCCUGAGGAGCCGAGCCUGCUGGUGCCCACGCCAGACAGGACGACGUCUCGUACUUCCUCCUCGUCCUCCGACUCCUCCACCAACCUGCACAGCCCCGAUGCCAGUGACGGCGGAGCAGACACGCCCCUGGCACAGUCUGACGAGGAGGAGGAUGGAGGCCAUGAUGGCGGGGCAGAGCCCGGAGCCUGCAGCUAG